AUAUUAAUUUCCCCUCUUUGCCAUUUGGGCUGAUGGGCUGUCCCUUUUGUCCCUUGUGACUCAUAAAUCUACCAUUUCCCUCUCCCCCAUACAAUUCUUAAGUCUCAAAAUUGUGCUUCUUUUUGCUCAACUUUGGUGUUUUAAUUUAGAAAAACAAUGUCGUCGAGGGCUCGAAGAAAACAGAUAUGGUGUGUGCAACCUCUUACUCCUCUAAUGGAAGGGCCAGAUUUUAGCAUGCAGAAUCAAGAAGCAAGCAAAAAAGAGAGUUCUUGGGAAGUCAUUAGAGAAUGGUUUCGUGUACAAAAAAGUGUACCAGGAAGCAAUAACUACUCAAUGUCUGUUUAUGGGAACAAUAUUAGUCUAGCCAAGAGGCAAGAUUUGAGACUUUUGCUUGGUGUUUUGGGUUGUCCACUUGCCCCUAUUCCUAUAUCAAACAACCCUAUUUUCAAUCUUCACAUUAAGAACAUUCCCAUCGAGACAUCAGCAGCAAAUUACAUAAUUCAACAGUACUUGGCUUCAACGGGGUGCUCAAAACAACAUAAUUGUGCAAAAAACAUGUACACUUCUGGUGUGGUGAAAAUGAUCCGUUGUGAAACAGAAAUUUCAUCAGGGAAAAGCGUGAGGACUUUGGGGUCUAGGACAGGAGAAAAUGGGUGCUUUGUGCUAUGGCAAAUGUCGCCGGGAAUGUGGUCACUGGAACUGGCCGUCGGCGGUAAUAAAGUUCUCGCAGGCAGCGAUGGAAAAACUGUAUGGAGACACACCCCUUGGCUUGGCACCCAUGCUGCUAAAGGGCCUCAACGCCCUUUACGUCGUAUCAUUCAGGGGCUCGAUCCGAGGAGCACUGCACGCUUAUUUGCGAAAGCCCAAUGCUUAGGGGAGAAACGCAUAGGAGAGGAUGACUGCUUCGUCCUAAAAGUGGCGGCAGAUCGGGCUGCGGUGAUAGAAAGAAGCGAAGGACCAGCCGAAGUGAUCCGGCAUGUAUUAUAUGGUUAUUUCAGCCAGAAAAGUGGGCUUCUCAUUUACAUGGAGGAUUCGCAUCUAACCAGAGUCCAGACUCCUGAUAACGGUACUGUUUACUGGGAGACCACCAUAGGGAGCACCAUUGGUGAUUAUGUGGACGUCGAUGGAGUACUAAUUGCUCAUCAGGGGAGGACUAUUGCCACUGUUUUCCGAUUUGGGGAGACGUCGAUUGAGCAUAAUAGGACUCGAAUGGAGGAAGAGUGGAGGAUUCACGACAUUGUUUUUAAUGUGCCAGGAUUGUCAAUGGACUCGUUCAUUCCUCCUGCUGAUAUCCUUGAUGCCGAGAAUUCAAAUACAGUAUCCCCAUGAAUAAGCAAGCAUCCGGAGAAUAUAGCAUCUCUAUAUUUUCCUUUUUUUUCUGUAUUGUCAUUGGGAAAAACGGUUAUAUAUUUUAAGAUCUAGACUUUUAGUAAUUCUGAUCAUACGCUUUAUCCCCCGUACUAAUUUCUAACUAUGUAAUCUUCAUCUGAAUUAAUCAAAAAAAGUAUAAAUUACUGUA